AUGGCAAUGGUAUUGUGCCCAUUUGCUGGUAGAAGGCUAGUUUGUUCGCGAUGUAAGGAGUAUUUGGACAUUUCAGUGUGGUACCACAGAACUGCUGAGAACAGCGAGGGAGCUGCUGUUCUUGCACACUUCACAAGUUCCAGUUCAGGCUUAAACCUGGGUGCUAACUCGGAAAAAACACCGUGGUGCUCUCCCAUUAAAGUGAAACAUGGUUAUGCAAACUGCAGGACACCUCAAGGGGAAUAUUACAAGAACGUAUUGGGGACAAGAUGUGAUAUUCGCUGUCAAAAAGGCUAUGAACUGCAUGGCUCUCAGCAGCUAAUUUGUCAGUCAAGCAAACGCUGGUCUGGCAAAGCGCUGUGCAAACAAAAGCGCUGCCCCACCCUGUCCAUGCCGACCAAUGGGGGCUUCAAGUGUUUAGAUGGUGCCUACUUUGGCUCGAGGUGUGAGUACUACUGUUCACCGGGAUACCAGCUGAAAGGCGACCGUAUAGUAACGUGCAUGGACAACAAAGUUUGGAGUGGCCGGCCAGCGUCCUGCGUUGAUACUGAACCUCCAAGAAUCCAGUGCCCGAGUGUGAAGGAGAAAACUGCGGAGCCCAACAAGUUGACGGCCAGAGUGUUCUGGGACACCCCGGAAGGACGGGACACUGCUGACGGGAUUCUGACAGAUGUUAUUUUGAAAGGCCUGCCACCAGGGUCACAUUUUCCAGAAGGUGACCACAAAAUCCAAUAUACUGUGUAUGACAGAGCUGAAAACAAAGGCACUUGCAAAUUUCUUGUUAAAGUCAGAGUCAGGCGUUGUGUGAAAUUAAACGCCCCAGAUAAUGGCUACAUCAAGUGUUCAGGUGAUGGAAAUAACUAUGGCGCUACAUGCGAGUUCUCCUGCAUUGGUGGCUAUGAGCUGCAAGGAAGCCCAGCUAGAGUAUGCCAGUACAAUUUGGGGUGGUCAGGAGUGGAACCAACCUGUGCACCCAUGAAUAUUAAUGUGAAUGUGAGGACUGCAGCUGCACUUCUGGAUCAAUUUUAUGAGAAGCGGAGACUGCUAAUUAUUUCAACUCCUACCGCAGCCAACUUCUUCUACAGGAUGCAGUUGGGAAUGCUGCAGCCGGCACAGUGUGGUUUAGACCUCCGACACGUUACCGUAGUUGAAUUGGUUGGUGUCUUCCCAGCACAGAUAGGAAGAAUAGGUGUAAAGCUGCUGCCCCCGUCACUUGCCCUGCAACUCAGGCUGCUGCUGAGGAUCCCCCAUUACAAUUUCAACAUCGUGGUGAUGGACAAGCACGGAAUGGACAAGGAACGCUAUCCUUUCCCAGCAACGCCAGCUGAGCUCUUUGCACUUAUUGACAAUUUUCCCUUGAGAAAAGAAGAGAUGAAACUGCAAGCAGAAAUUGGCCAGUCAUGUCCCUGAUUCAGAAUUGCAGGGCUUGCAGUUGUCAGUGAUUUUUUUUUUUUUUUAAUCCACGUAAUUCUCCCCUUGGUGCUACACAAAGCAUGGCUUUUUUAAUCACUGAUGUACAGAUUUUUUGUGUGUGUAUUGUUAAGUCUGUCUGGCUGUGUAGCUACUCUGCAUAGAAGUAUGCAUGAUGCUUUUUUGUACUUUCAGCCAUCUUUAGAGAAAAGUGUAUGUAGGAUUACUACCCAAUGGAAUUUUUUGUACAGAGUGAAGAACUGAGGCACGUUUCUGUGAGUCUAUUUUGGAUUUUUCAUUCAGUGUAAAAUUGGGGUUUCUUUCUUACUGUUUGUAAGUCUUUUUAUUAAUAAAAUAUUGUUUUGCAAA